CUUUGCGGGAGCCGGCUCCUGGGAAGCGUCGGGGAGGCAAGAUGGCGGCGGCGGAGGGCCUGCUGAGCGCGGGGCUGAAUUUGGAGGCCUUCGCCCAGGCCAUUGCGGCCACGCAGGCGCUCCGCUCGAGCGUGACGCGGGUCUUCGACUGCCUGAAGGACGGGCGGCGGCGCAAGGAGGGCGCGGAGGGGCGCGGGGAGCGGGGCUUCGUCGCCGCCUUCCAGGACAGCCUCCUCGCCCUCAGCCGGGACCUCGGUGAACUGGAACGUCUUAGCAACCUUGUAGGCAAACCUUCAGAAAACCAUCCUCUUCACAACAGCGGACUGCUGAGUUUAGACCCCGUCCAGGACAAGACCCCACUCUACAGUCAACUGCUUCAGGCCUAUAAGUGGUCCAAUAAGUUGCAGUAUCAUGCGGGGCUGGCAUCGGGCCUCCUGAAUCAGCAGUCUCUGAAGCGCUCCGCCAACCAGAUGGGGGUCUCGGCCAAGCGCAGACCCAAGGCCCAGCCCACCACCUUGGUCCUCCCACCACAGUACGUUGAUGACGUGAUCAGCCGCAUUGAUCGAAUGUUUCCCGAAAUGUCCAUCCACCUCUCCCGGCCGAAUGGGACUUCGGCAAUGUUGCUGGUGACCUUAGGCAAAGUGCUAAAGGUCAUUGUGGUGAUGCGCAGCCUCUUCAUCGACCGGACGAUCGUGAAGGGCUUCCACGAGAACGUCUACACCGAAGAUGGCAAGCUCGACAUAUGGUCCAAGUCCAACUACCAGGUGUUUCAGAAGGUCACGGACCACGCCACGACGGCCCUCCUGCACUACCAGUUGCCCCAGAUGCCGGACGUGGUGGUCAGGUCCUUCAUGACGUGGCUCCGGAGUUACAUCAAGCUCUUCCAGGCGCCCUGCCAGCGCUGCGGGAAGUUCCUCCAAGACGGCCUGCCUCCCACCUGGAGGGACUUCCGCACCUUGGAGGCCUUCCACGACACCUGCCGGCAGUAAACGGGAGGGGUUCCCCCCCAAAAAAGAGGACAAUCUGUGGGCCAAACACCCCCUUUGUGGGGGUCACGUUGCGCAAGGACCGUCCCGUGCCAACGCUUCGACCAACGGGGCCGUUCCGCAGUCCUGACAUUG